AUUAAAUAACCGGAAAUAACAUACCAUCUUGCCGCGCCAUUUGAAUUUUGUAUUUUUAUGACCGAAAGGAUUAGUGCCAAAUUUCGCAGCCAACAUGACUUACGACUUUCCGUCAAUGCCAUGGGAGAGUUGUUUGUCAUUCCUGAAGGAGGACUAUCAAAUACAUGUGGAAGAGAUGGAUUUCAGGAAACCAGAUGCAAACCGAUGGCAGAAUAUCUAUUGUCAGCUGUUAGAGAUUAUGACUGAGGUACCUGUGGACAGUAUCAUACAGAAAGCCCUUUUCCAAUCAUCUCAGUACUUUGAGCACCCAGAACUGUAUGAAGAUACCAUGCCUCUGAUGAUUGUUACUCUGGCUUUACAGCGGUUCCUUGUAACUUGUGGCAUCAUGGACUUUAGUGUCAAAGACCUACAGUUGCCAACACCUGGAAGAGUCACCAAGAUCUGCAGUGCUGUCAUCAAUUUUAUGUUAUUCAGAAAUAAACAGAUGGAAGUUUUCCUGAAUUUGAAGGAAAAAAAUGAGAAGUUUCGGGAACAACAUGAGGGUCUCCUACAAACAAAUGAGGACCUGAAGAGAAAGAUCAAUGCAAUCAAGGAAGAAAAAGUGAAGCAGGAGCCUGUUAUACGAUCUAUUCAAGAAGAAUAUGAACAACUUCAGAAUGACUUUCAGGCUAAAAUGAAGAUCAAAGCUCAGCAGCAGCAACGGAUUGGUGAGCUCAGGAUCAUGAUAGCUGAAAAGAAAUCUCAAUUGGAUCAAGUACGUAUGGUGGCAGCCAGAGCAAAGAAGAUGGAGAAGUUGUAUCCAAAAAGAUUAUCCAGUCACCAGAACGUGUGAUGGCAGAGGAGGACAAAGCUCGUGAGGGGCUCAGUAUCCUUAAAGUCACACUGGAGCGUAAGGUUGGGCGUCUAAUGGAACUACAGCAACAAGUGGACGGUGUACGCGUGUCGGAUAACAAUGUAGGAAAGGCCUUCAAAAUGUUACAGGAUGUACAAGUGGACAUUGAAAAGGAAAACGAGAUCUGUAAGGAAAUCCAAAAUAUCAGUGACAAGAUACAAGAGCAGAAAAAUCACAUGAGUGACUUUUCAUCCAAGAUUGACCAACUUAACCACCUGGUAUCAAGUCGACAGGAAAAAAUGUCCAAAUUAAACCUCCAGCAUCAGCAGAAAAUGAGGGCGGCACAGGAAAGCAUGCAACAGCAAAAAGAAGAAAAAGAAUUUCACAAGAAAAAGAACAGUGAUGAUGAGAAGAAAAAGAAUUCAGUGAUACAGGACAAACAAAGGUUACAGCAGGAGCUGAGGAAGGAGAAACAGCUACUGGAGGAAAAAAUCAGCUUAGCUCAAAAUACUUACCAGGAGAUGAUGCAUACCGUUGAUGACUACCAUGCUGCAAUAGGAAAAGGCUGGGAAUCACUCAAGCAGGAAAUGAGUAGCUCUUGAAUCUACCAGAACUCUUGGUCACAGCUGUCAAUUCACAGGAGGACAACCACUCGGGGACCAGGACAUUCCUAUCAUGGUUCAAUGUUGGACUGUUCCACUUGCAUUGUUGCUUGUCUAUAGUAGACAUUGUGAAAUCUGAAUAGAGCCAGCAGGCAUUAUCUGUGUAGUAAUUAAACAGGACAUACACUUGUACUAGGUCUGGACCAUUCUAAAGGAAUAGUGACAAAAUUAUGUGAGAGACCGGUUUUAUUCAAGAUGGAAAUGAGAAUGUUGUUAAACCCUUUUAUAAUUAUUAUGGACCUUGUCAGCGCUGAUAACAAUUCAAUGUGUUUAUUUGUAUGUACCACAUUUAAAACUGAUUUAAUAUAUUUAUUUCAUCUUUAAUUCUGUCUUCUGUAGAUUAGCUAUUUUUUCAUCACUUCUCUAUGCUUUUCUUCAACAAAAAAAUGUCUGCCACAAAACUAGCAUAAAUCUUUGUUACUUCAGACUGUCCUAAUAACCAGUCAACUGGUUUAUAAUAAAGCACAUUCAAAAUGCUGAUUCUUAUAAGUCAUAUUCUACAUCUUCUUUGGAAGGAAUUGGCUUGUGAAUUUAAAGACAAUAGUGGAAAUUAAAGUACAGAGAAUGUGCGAGGUGGAUGGGUGAAGUCGACCUUUGAUUUCACAUCCUGAAACAAUGUACAUCAACAUUACACCAAAUACAUCAAUACUUGGAUAUUCUGAUUACACUCUUACAUUAAUGUAUCUAAGAAUAAAUCUGUUCAAAUCUUA